AUGUUCCAGCAGAUCCAGACCGAGCACGGCCACCCACCCGACAUCGUGAUCUCGAACGCCGGAUACGGGAAACGAAUACCCAAUGUACUGAAUAUCUCCCUUGACGAUUUCGAUUAUAUGCUGAACGUUAAUCUCCGCGCGUCUUUUAUUCUCGUCAAACGAGUGGUAGAGCACAUGAUAAGCCAGCGAUGGGGACGCAUCGUUUUUGUAUCCUCGAUUGCUGCCUAUGGAGGGGGUAUAAAUGGAUGUCACUACGCAGCUUCCAAAGGCGGACUAACCGGAAUGAUGAAGAAUCUCUCAUCCCGUCUGGCAGAGUACAACAUAAGCGUCAACGACGUUGCCCCCGCGAUGAUUGGUAGCACGGGCAUGAUCCCUUCUACCAUGGUGAUGGAUGAUGUGGUGGCUAAUAUACCUCUGCGAAGGCUAGGCACGCCCGAGGAGACGGCUAACGUUGUCACUAUGCUGGUGACAACGGGGUAUAUGACGGGCCAGAGUCUCUUGAUGGCUGGGGGUUUGAAAUAG